AUGAAUUUUUCCUAAUUAUACUAUUUACUUUCAAUAGAUGCUGUAUUUAUUAUUCUUUUGAUUCUCAGUUAGUUUGAAUGUAUAAAAUAAUAGUUUAUAAAAUACUAAAGUAAUUAUUGUUAUUAUCUAGAGGUAAGAAAAUAAAGAAGAUCAUAAACGAAACCUUAAUUAUUUUCCCCAGGAGCAUCCUUUUUUCACCAUCAUCACUCCUUAGAUCCGGAUGCAAAUGUUGAUGAACAAAAAUAAGUAAAAAGAAAAUCAAGAGCAACAACUUUGAAAUUGUCUCAAACAACCAAUACAUAAAAUGAAUCAAACAAGCAUACAAACAUCAGAAAAUCAAUAAAAAAUCAUACUAUCUUAACCAUAAUUUCAACUAAUAGCAAUCUGUAAACCACCCCUGAGUCAAGCAAACACAGAAAUACAAUAAGAAAGCAUAGUUAAUUUGUGACAAAUUUAAUUGCCCCUGAAACUGCAAGAAAAAAUAUAAAUACUAAUCAAUCUGAUCAUGGAUCAAAAUUGAUACCCUAAUCAUAAAUAAACUAAUAAACAGAUAAUAAAAAGAUGAAGCCUUUUCUUGUAAUUGUAGAUGUUAUAUUUAGCUCUACUUUCCAAUCAUUAAAGGUACUAUAUAAUUAACUCACAAACUACCAAUUAUUUAUAUUCAAUGUUGGGCAAGAUUAACAUUUUAACUUAUUUAUGUUGAUUUAAUGACGUUUUAUGUUUUUGUUUUUAUUCCUGUAUUUUUUAUCUCUAAUAGACUUAUUGAUAAAAUUGUUAGAAGAAUAGUCUAGAACUACUCAGAUAGAAUAAUUUAUGGAGUAACUGCAAUCUAUGUCGCACUUUCUCUGGGAAGUUAAACAGUUUAUGUAAUUUAAAUUAAUAUUUAAGAUGAUACUUGCAAAUUUUAAUUAUUUAUCAAUUGUGAUAAAUUUAAUCGAUAUUUUAGGAAUUGACAUAUUGAUCUAUUGCAUUUUCAGAUUAUAUAGAGUAACAGAAAACAAAUAGGAGCAAGAUUAAGAUUAAAUCUGA